GCGUGGUAUUGUUUGUGCGGUACUAAUGUCAGGCCAGAGAAGGCCAAGACUCCCAACAUUAUUUCAGAGGUAACUUCCGGAUUCAUUGAUUGUUGGUUUACACUAGUGCAGUUCAGAAGAGUAUUUUAUUUUUAAUUAGGUGAAAGUUAAAAUGCCAGUUUUGCAGUUUGUCCCUUUUGAAACAGUAGUUGAUACAGCCUUCUGGCAUGGGUUGGCAGAUCGAAAACUCAAUAAAUACCGGCUUUCUGAAGGUCCUUUUGAGAUUUCAGCACAAUUUACAAACAGUCACGCUGCUGGUGUAUCUCCCAGGGUGACAGUCGAUAUAACAUCUUUUAACGAUGGUAGCGUGAAACGAACCCAGUCACCAUCCAGCUUCAAAAUCCUGGGCCAGUUAUUUACUUUGAAUAGCUUAGAUGAGUUCAAAAGUCUUGACAAACAGUCUUUUUUGGAUGAGCAUGGCGCUAAAUUUAUGAAUGAAGCCAUUUUAGGCAACGAAUUCCUAAGGAAUCCUAUGCUACUUCUCCGGUUUCUACUCUUAACUUAUUGUGACCUCAAGAAACAUAAAUUUUACUUCUGGUUUGCAUAUCCGGCUGUCAUGCACUCCAUACAACCAACUUUCACGAGUAUUAACAGUAUAAGUGAAGAAUUUACUGAGGAUCAGGUUAUGCAUAUUCUACAUUCUUAUGACUGCUGGCGCAAAAAAAGUAAUUCUCCAUUCUUUGUCCUUAAAAUGGAUCCAUCAAUAAAUGUUAGCUCUUUGUCAGAUUUUGAACUGGCUUCUUCUGUGUAUGUUGGUAUAUGUGAUUCUUCUGUCAAUCCAAUGUUCCCUUGCUGGUUCCUGCGCAAUCUGUUGUACUCACUCUCCGCUACUAUUAUCCAGACGGAAAAUUCUAUUAAAAUAUUGUGUCUGAGAGACCGUUUCGCUUCAGGACAAAGACAUUGGGAACAUAGUAUCGUAAUUCAUGCUAACUUACAAUCGACUAGUUCAAACUUCAACCAAUAUGUUGGUUGGGAGAAAUGGAAAUGUCAACUGAAGCCACGUGUUGUUGACCUCAGUACAAGUAUGGACCCGGUUAAACUAGCCGAUUCAGCAGUGGACUUAAAUUUGAAACUAAUGAAGUGGAGACUUAUGCCAGAUUUAAAACUUUCACGUUUCCGUGAAACGAAGUGUUUGCUCAUUGGUGCAGGUACUCUGGGUUGCAAUGUUGCUCGCCAGCUCUUGGCUUGGGGAGUUCGCCACAUUACACUGGUUGACAACGGCACAGUUUCAUUUUCCAACCCUGUACGACAAUCUUUGUAUGUUUUCGCUGACUCUGUGGAUGCUAGUAGAAACAAAGCUAUAACUGCUGCCCAAGCACUUAAGGCAAUUUUUCCGGGUGUAGAAGCCCGUGGAUACGAUAUCUGCAUACCCAUGCCAGGACAUCCUGUAUCUUCGUACCUUUCAUCUGAUGAUUCUGAGCUGACUCCGUCAGAAAAGUCCGCAAGUAUUUGUCGCAAAUUAGACGACUUGGUCGGUGCACAUGAUGUUCUAUUCUUGUUAACAGAUACCAGGGAAUCUCGCUGGUUACCUACAGUUUUAGCGAAUGUUCACGGGAAACUUGUUAUUAACGCUGCUUUGGGUUUUGAUACGUAUUUGGUCAUGCGUCAUGGGGUCCGCAGUCCACCUAUGUCACCAUGUUCAGGAGAUAUGAAGGAUCUAAAUUCACAUAUCGCUUCUUCAAACACGAAUGAUGCAGAUAUCCGAAACAAGUGUUCUGUGUCAGAAACAAAAGCCAUACCUGGCUCGCUUUUGGGUUGUUAUUUCUGUAAUGAUGUAGUUGGACCUAUGAAUUCAACGCGUAAUCGUAGCUUGGAUCAACAGUGUACUGUUACCCGACCGGGAGUAUCUAUGGUUGCUGCUGCUCUUGCUGUAGAACUAAUGGUCAGCGUACUUCAACAUCCUCUUAUGUAUAAUGCUCCAGCGGACACAUUAUCUCAAUCCUAUGACACAGAUACGGACAGAACAUCUCUUGGUCUUAUACCUCAUCAAAUAAGAGGUUUUCUUUCCCAUUAUACUCAGGUUUUACCUGCUACGUUAGCAUUUAGUAAGUGCUCAGCUUGCUCCCAGCCUGUACUGGAUGCCUACAUGACAAAUAAAUAUGAUUUCCUACAAAAUGUUUUCAAUGAUGCGUCUUAUCUGGAACGUGUAUGUGGUCUACGUGAGCUUCAUGAUGAGACUAACACAGAAUCAAUUUUAAUGUUGAGUGAUGCCGAUGACUAAUUACUGUUAUUCCUGAUUACGUUGUAAAAUAUUCAAGUUAGAGAUGGUUGGGCCACGUUUUUCUCUCAGAAGAUAUUUUACUGCAUUAAUUUUGGUGGUUUUCUGGCUAAUAUACACAUACAUAU